AUGUCCAUGAACAACCGUGUUCUCCGUGGAAACGAGAGAUGUCCAUCGUGUAGAUAUUCUCCUUACACUUCAAAGCAAGUCCCUAAUUUCACCAAUGAAAAGAAGAAACAGAAAGAGGAGGCUGCACGACUCGGAGCAGAGCUCUCGCUCUACGUGGCUGAAGUAAUGUUCCUAUUAUCUGAUGACAUGCGUUCUUUGUUACGCUUCUGUUAUUGGCUAUUGAGCUUUGUAGGGAAGCAACAAGUUAACGGCCCCGUGGUAGGAAGAUUGUUUGUUGUUAUUGAACAUGUGUUUGAAACAUAUAUCCAACCCAAGAAUAGGGUUUAUCAGGAUGGUGGCAAAUCCAUCCAAUGGGAACUGGUGGGAACGUUUGGCGAGGAUUUUUCUCAUGGGCUUGGAGGUAUGCUUCACAUUGUUUCCAUCCUCAGAAUGAGCGGACGAGUGAGUCCGCCUGGUCUGUUAUACUACGGGCAAAAGCUGAAGAAGCUAGAGGACAAGUUGACAUGUGCCAGACAUAUUUCCGAAGCCAAUGGGUUUGCGAAAGAAGCCAUACAACCUUACAUUGUUAACUUGUGGAAGUCUCUCUUGGAACCAAUAACAAGACCUCCACUGGUGCACCCUAUGGUUAGAUUUAUUGAGCUGUUAAGGCCUCUCUCAAACGAAAAAAACAAGGAUUCUUGCUGUAGUGGUCUUGCUUCUUUACGCAUAUGA